AUGCCGACCUCGACCGCCGCGGAUACUUUUGUGACUCUUGCUGCCGACACCAACCAAGCGUUGGGCAUCGCGCAGUACGCGAUUGACUUUCUCAGUGACGACCCCGCCAAGCGUGGCGAUCCGUCCGCGGCCGUGCUCGAACGGACCAACCUGUUCUUCACCGAUGCCGUGAUCUGUGGACUGUCAGCCCUCGCGCUCAAGACCAACGCGCCGACGAUCCUGCGGAACGAAGCGCUGCAGUACCCCGUCACCGACGCGACCCAUCGUCUCGGCAAAUCGGUGAAGCGCGGCGCCACCGUGUUCGGGAGCGACGUCCAGGUCCAACCAGAAAAAGCAAUCCUCGCCAACGGCUCAGCCGUCCGCGAGUGGGACUCCAACGGGACCAACUUUGGUUACAACCCAAAGCUCGGCAACCUCGCGGGCGAGUUCGGACACAACGACUUCUACGGCGUCUGCAUUGCUGGCGCACAGAUGACCGAACGCGACGGUGCCUACGCACUCAAAGCGAUGGUCUGUCUCGACGAGAUCCGAGGUCGUUUGUCCGAGGUGUUCUCGCUCAAGACGUACAAGGUUGACCACGUCGUCCACGGCGCGAUCGGAUCAGCCGCGGUCUUUGGCGCAAUGAUGGGCGCGACCGCUGAGCAGAUCGAAUCCGCGAUCGGCAUGGUCGUGGCGCACUACAUCCCGUUCCGCGCGAUCCGUGCCGGGAAGCAGCUCAGCGAUUCCAAGGGCGCCAGCGCCGCGAUCUCGACCGAGGUCGCGAUCAUGGCGGUCCGCCGAAGCAUGUCGGGGUUCAUGGGACCUCGCGACAUCUUCCGCAACCCAGAAGCGAUUUUCCGAAUCUUCGAAGGUCCGGGACAGAUGUUCCAAGCGGUGGGCAAAGAAGCGGGCAACACGAAAGACGCCGACGCGUCCCCAUUCACGCUCACACUCGCGCAAGGCGGCGACGACUUCGCCGUCAUGGGUAUGCACUUUAAGCUCGGUCUCUACGAGCACCAGAGCGCCGGCGCUCUCCAAGCAAUGCUCGAUCUGCUCGAAAAAGCACCGCACCUGCUCGACGACGAGACCGGCUCGAAGAUCAAGUCCAUCAAGAUCACCGCGUACGAGCCCGCGUUCGGGAUCAUCGGCGAUCCAGCGAAGCGUAACCCAACGACGCGCCAGAGCGCGGACCACUCGAUGGUCUACAUCGUCGGCACCCUCCUCCGCAAGGCGCUGACUCAGCAGAAAGCGGGAUGGACCGAGCUGAUGCUCGAGCCGUAUGACUACUCGCCGCAAGCGAUCGUUAACGAACGCACACGUUCACUCAUGGACAAGAUCGAGUUCUUCCACGGCGGCAAGGAAUACGACGACCGCUACCCCGACGGGAUCCCAACCUCCGUCAUCAUCGAAGACACCGAUGGCACCGAGUUCGAGUCCGGCAUGGUCAUGUACCCCGGCGGGCACGCUCGCAACACCGAAGCGGACCUCCGCGGCAUCCUGGCGCACAAGUUCAAUCUGCUCGGGAAGCUCGCGUUUGAAGACCCGUCGCCGAUCGUCGCUCGAUUCGAGGACCUUGGAAGCAAGUCCAUCGAGGACAUCGCUUCGAUCCACAACUUCGAGAUCCAGACCCGCGACGGGUACGAAUAA